GCGCUGUUGUUACGGCAGAAUGAGUGGGAGCUGCAAAGUUGUGGCAACAUAAGUUGGUAGAAUGUCCUCGUGUCUCUACGAAUGUCUGCGUGAAGCCGGAUUGGCGCAGUAUUACACUCACUUCACAGCAAUGGGUUUUCUGAAGUCACAAGAUCUGGUUAAGCUGACCAUGAAUGAUUAUUCUGUGCUGGGGAUGCACAAUAUGCGUGAUCAAAAACGUUUAUUCCAACUCAUUCAAAUCAUAAAAGCUGUACAAAAUGAGGACCAUGAAGCCAGUGCAAGUACUGACUGUUCCCAGGCAGGUGCACUUAAUGUCUUUGUGGAGAAAGUCAAGCCUGGCCCUCGACGUCAGUUGAACUUUGAGUGCAUAUCCAAUAAUGAAAGGAACAAUAACAGUCAGCUUUCUGAACCCAGUAGCUAUCCUCAGCUAUCAUCUUCUGAAAAUUAUCUUCAGGAUACUCCUUCAGGAUUGUCAAAACCUCCUUCACCAGUUGACCGGCUACCUGUCAAAUUAUGUUGUAAGGAAAUGCACUCUCUUGCUGAGAAGGAGGAUGAUUACUCAACAAUUCAAAAUACAAAAAUGAUUUUGCAUGUUUCAGGAUAUAAUUAUGGACUACCACAUGCAGUCUCAAGGCCUGCGAGUCCUGGGAAAGAACAGACGUGGACAGAGAUUGAAAAAAUCCACGUUUGUGUUCGAAAGCGACCGCUGGGAGUACGAGAAGUGCGACGUGGAGAAAUUGAUGUCGCAAAAGUGGAAGAAAAUAAAUCUGUCCUUAUUCAUGAGAAAAAGGAAGCGGUUGAUUUGAAGCAGUACGUCCAACAACAUGUUUUUUAUUUUGAUGAAGCAUUUGAGGAGACUUGUACCAAUUAUGAUGUGUACUUGAAGACUGCUUACCCCCUCAUCCAACAUGUUUUCAGUGGUGGUAUGGCAACAUGUUUUGCUUACGGACAGACGGGAGCUGGAAAAACUUAUACUAUGAUUGGAACUGAUCAAAAUCCAGGGCUUUAUGCGCUUGCUGCUGAGGACAUCUUCAUGCACUUGCAGACAUCUGAGCAAGACAGAGCUCUUUUCAUCUGGAUAAGCUUCUAUGAGAUAUAUUGUGGCCAACUAUAUGACUUGCUCAAUAUGCGAAAAAGACUAUUUGCCAGGGAAGAUGGCAACCAUACAGUACAAAUUGUGGGAUUGCGUGAAAUUCAAGUGGAUGCAGUGCAAUCUUUGUUAGAGGUGAUUUCUUGGGGCAGUAAAGCACGGAGUACUGGUGCUUCCGGGAUAAAUGCAGAUUCCUCACGUUCACAUGCUAUUAUUCAAAUCCAGCUUAAAAACCUAAACAAUACAAUUGUUGGAAGGAUUUCUUUCAUUGACCUAGCUGGGAGUGAGAGAGCUGCUGAUGCCAGGGAUUCCGACAAACAAACUAAAAUAGAAGGAGCUGAAAUAAAUCAGAGUCUCUUGGCUCUAAAAGAGUGUAUUCGAGCUUUGGACCAGGAGCAUCCUCAUACACCCUUUAGGCAAAGCAAGCUUACACUGGUAUUGAAAGACUCAUUUGUUGGGAAUUCUAAAACCUGUAUGAUCGCUAAUAUUUCACCUAGCCAUGUAGCCACAGAACAUACACUGAACACUUUACGCUAUGCAGACAGGGUAAAGGAACUGAAGAGAGGAACCAAAACAUCCAGCACAAUAUAUACUGGAUGCCAAGGAGCGAGAAGCCUAUCUCCAAAAUGUACUAAAGAAACACCUUGUACAACAUGGAGAGAAAAAUCAAUGCAGAAAAAUAUGAAAUUGAGAAUUGAACAGUCUACUUGUGAGACUAAAAAUACAAUGCAGCCAAAAUCAACAUCAUCAGUUUUUCAUUCACCUAAUGUCCUUCUGUGUUCCACGUUAAAAAUGGCAAAUAAAAAUGCGCUUUUGCAGGCCAGCUCAAAGGACAUGUGGCUCAGCCACACUACACCCAAUAAAGAAAUCCUUAAGAAAGGUUCAUUAGAUAUCAAAAAAUGUUCAAAGGAUAAGGGUUCAACUGAGAAGAGCUGUAUUACUAAAGAGUGUUUUCUCACUAACCCCAAACCUGGAAAAUCCAAAAUAAUUCAACAUAGACAAAAGAAAGAUUUAAUUUCAGAAAAUCAAUCUUACGUAACUAGAAAUGUGAAAGUUCAAACUGUUUAUCCCAUUCAGAAAGAAAUAAUUUCCAAAACCAGAUUUCACUGUACUGAACAGGUAAUAAAUAAAUGUUCACCCAAUAAAAGAAAUAAUUCUGAGAAUUUUGAAAAUGAGUCUCCCACGACUCCAGAGUCAACUGUCAAUAUACACCUUCUGCAAAAGGAACGGGAAAGACAUUUGCGUCUUUAUCAUCAACAACUCCAACAACUUCAACAGUCACCAUUGACACAAAAGAAGCUUUGUUAUCAACCCUUGAAGGAACUUCUCAGGCACAUCUAUCAACCUAAAAUUAGAAUGAAUGAUGAGGAAAUUAAAUACAUUUCGUCACUGCGGUGUGCUGUCCAAAGGUCAGAUAAUCAGAAUGAAUGUAGUAGUAAUUGUGAUUCAUCUUAUGAUUAUCAAUGUCUGAAUGAUAGAGAAAAUCAGAUUGAUGGUAAUCAACCGGUCUUCUGUGAAGUAUCGAAAGGAGAACUAAAUGGAAGAAAUCAUGUUCAAGAAUUUUUGCUUUCUCAAAAUCAGCAUAUUAGUCCAAGGGCAGGAGACAACAAUAAAAUCACAUCACUGUGGAAUACAGAUGAAGACUGCACAGUUGCCCAUUCAUCAGGAGUCAACUCCAAACAAACAGCGUAUACACAAAACAGUAUUGGUCAAGAGCACUUGAGUCAUUUAUCAACUGACUCCAAAAACACGACACAGAAUAGAAAUCAACAUCUUUCAAGUUACCAACAAGAUGACAGUGCUGCUCCUUCACAACAUGCACAAAUGAACAGUAAUUUGUCUCUUGAUUUAAAAGCUACCAAAGCUAGAGAUACCACUUCAUUUCAGUCUAGUAGAGCUAUUGAUUCCGAUUUGACAUUGCAAUCUCCAGUAAAAAGGGCAAUAAAAGAUGUGCAGAUGUGUAAUAUCACAACUAACAUAAUUUCGUCUACUGACAGCAUUUCCGAAGAUUUAUUGUCUGUUUCAGAUUGCCAGCGUUCUGUGGAGAAGCCACCGUUAAAGGUUACAAUUCCUCUUGAUGAAGAAUUGAUAAUAUCAUGUAAUCAGCUUUCUACUGAGAUGGAUGUUUCACUGGUCCAUCCAUGUAACAAAGCUCAAGUUUCAUCACCACCAUUCGGUUAUAUUGGAAAAUGGAUGGCUGAAUCACAUGACCAUCUUGAUAAAAUUCAGAAAUUUCAACCAGGUCCAUUCUUUCAAAAGAAACACAUUUGCUGCAGUCAAAAUUAUAGUUGGAAUGAUGAAAUUGAAGUGCUAAUGUCUGUACCACGUAAAAAUAACCAGGGUUCAAGUAUUAAUGACCCAGAGUCUAAUUGUAAAGGCAGCAACAUUUUAACAAUGAAUUCACUAACUUUGUCAACGAAUAAAAGGAAAGACUUUCAAAAGCAACAAAAUCAAGAAGCAUCAGUUGAUGCCUCACCAUGUGGAAACCUGCUUUCCAGGGGCAUUAACCACACAAGUGAAUGUAACUGUUACAAACAAGGGGUUAAAUGCUCUAAAAGUGAAUUCUGUGCUGACACUGAAGAAAAUGAAAUUAGUUCUUCCAUUUUACACUUGAAUUGUGGUGCCUCUUCCUCUGCUGAGGAUGAAACCAUGGCAUAUCUGUGUUGUUCAGAUGCUGGUGUGCAGAACACUACAGAUUUGUUUCUGAAUCAAAUGACUAUUCCAGAUAUCAUGUCAAACCCAACAAUUUCCAAUAAUGAAACAACGGAACAGAUUAAAAAUCUUGGACUGAAAGGACCAAAUCAAGAAACAAAUGAUUUGGAAGCUGAAAGAAACACUGGAGAGACUCUUGAAGGGGACCACAAUGAAUUUCAACUUCAGUGCAAGUCCAAUCAUAAGGACUUGAUAGAUAUAUUUAAAGAAAAAUUACUUCAGAAUACUUCUGUUCAGUUUAGCUAUAUUUCUGCAGAGCAAGAUUCUGUUCCUACUUUCCAAGAGUCUAUUAACCAUAAUAUAAUUAAUAACGGAGCAACUGGCCAUGCAGAUGAUAACCAAUCUAGAGGUUUAAAUUCUCAACACCUGGAGGCAGUGGAAAAAGUGCAGAAACUUAUUGUCCAAGCCCAUUGUGAACAUCUAGAAGACAUGCUGGGUCUUUUUGAAAAGGAAGAGUGUCUGCUGAACAAACUAAGUAUGCUGGAUUUCAAAGAUUAUAUGACACAACUGGAAGAGAUCCUGAUGCAAAAAAACAAAUGCAUUGAGCGCAUGCAAGGACAGAUCCAUAAGUACCACGUUCAUACUGGGCCAGUUUGUAACAACUCAAACACCAAGUCAUCUGUAUCUUAGCUUUAGUCCUUUCUGAUCUGCAGUUUCUGAAAAUGUUCCUAUUGUUUACGUAUGACUUGACCAACUAGUAUCAAUCCUUCUUGGUGGAUGAACGAGAGAAACAGGAUCGCUUUGGACACAAAGGGCGUGGUAAACACAACACUCAACAAUCCAAAUAAUUUAGUGUGGUAAUAAACAAAACGAACA